UCUCCUCUACGUACCAUCACAAUAUCUUCAAAACGUCAUAUCUCUCUCCAUCUCUCUAUAUAUAUUGGUCUGCAACUGUCUCGGUUAUAGUCCAGGUCAUAUCUCCUUUUUGGUCGCUAUUACUGGUAUGGAUCCGUUGAGGACUACUUGCUUCUAUUUCCUUUGUAUCGUCUUUGUCAUCCUUUCUCCGAGUUGCUUAUGCGAUUCUCGCCGUCUUGGACCCAUGGAGAAGAAGCUUGGUGUGAAUCGUGACCACUUAAUUGCGGAGAACAACGAAGAAAUUACAAAACAAGGAGUUCCUUCAACAAACGUGACGAAAACCUUAUUGAGUGAAGCACCGAUCGAACAUGACGUAGCUAAUCAUGGUCAGAUAAAUGGGAAUAGUACGAAUGAAGAUUUCAGGGUAAAACGUGCUUCACUAGACAAAACCGUGCCGCCCAAAAGAGUCUCGAGAACUUGGAAAGUUCCUAAAUAUUCAAAGAAGCAGCCUAGAUUAGAUCACGAACAUCCAGCAUUCAGUCUCGACUACAUGCAGCCCAGCACCCAUCCGCCUCAUCAUAAUUAACUUUCUCUUGAUCAAAUUUCUACAUUUUG